GCCACAAGAAAAAAACACUAGGACAAGUGGUAGCGCCAGAGCACCACAGCGUGUACUUGUGUGUCCACGAAGAUAAUCGAUAAUUUUUUCACAUCAAAAAUCGUGCGGUUGUUGUACGCGACCGCUUCUCGCGUGUAAAAAACAAGUGAUGACAAGCGUAAAAGCGAUUUUCACUUCCGGCGUUUCGAGUGCCAGCACCGCCAGCAACAUGCCGCGAGCAACAAAUCAGAAGACGAAAAAUCAUCGAAUGACGACUGUUGCGUCUGCGUCCCUGCUGUCUUUCAGUUCGUUCACAACAGCCCCGUUUUUGCUCCCCUUGCAACCGACCUACGGACGUGUGGCACCUCCGGAGCGGCAGAGUAUUCGUGCGGACGGGUCGCCGGGCAUGCUGCGCCGGGAACCCAGAGCGGCAGCGUCAAGUUCCUCCCCUUCUUCUUUUGUAGAACAGGGAGGUCAUGGUCGUGAAGGUGAAGUUGAAGAAAGUGAGAGGGAAAGCAGCAGAAGCAGUUCUACUGCUGCGUCCUCUACCUCGUCCAGUCAAUCCGAACAGGACAAGGGAACAACUACGGGCUCGCACAUCGAUGGAGCUGCGGCCGAGGAUCUUGAGUUGCAAGAAGAAGCUGCUUCCUUCGUGCAGGCGCAGAUGCCAGCCGGUCAGCAACCACCAAUGCAGGCACCGCCACCGCAGAUGCAGCCGGGAGGAGCUGCUCCGAUGGGCGGGAUGGGCGGCAUGCAGCAAUCUCCGCAGGGUAAUUUCCAGCCGGCGCCAACCGACUACAAUGCACCGGGAAUGGCGGGGGCAGCGCUGCCGGCGGGGGGUGCUGGUGGGAAUGGAAUGGGGCAGAUGCAGCAGCCAGGUAAGAUCUUCAAGUACUUUGAUCAUGUGAAUUAGAUCUCGAAUCAAAUUGAGUUGCUACAAAAAGAACGCAAGGCGUCCAAGCUGCUACGCGAGAGAAACAACCUGUUCCACAUCCACACACGAUAAAUUACAGGUGGUCCAAUGCCUCCCCCUCCGCCACCGCUGGGAACCUCAGGAACAAGUCCAUCCCCGAUGGGCGAUGUGGCCAGCACCCGUGUUGUCGGUGUUGCGGUGAUGGGACCCGCAACCGCGGUGAGCGACGUGCCCGGGGCUGAUGCCGCGGCGCCGGUGCCGCCGGCGGACGGGGCAGGUGCGGCGGGUGGUAUACCUGUUUUAACAGGCUCUGUUCAACGUGGUCAAGGAACAUAAAGUCUUAGGAACAAAUCGGCCUAGCAAAGAAAAAGGCUCCUAAACGCCGACCAAAUGAAAACAAAACGGCAACUAACGGGGCAGAAAAGCACGAAAGGGCGGCCCAAGAGCGCCCCGGCCUUUUCAGGUUGUGCCCCUUCUACCCUGACGCGCGCGCCCUCGUUCCGUGUGCCAAUUGGCGGCCUUCGGUGGCACCAGCGGGAGCAGCGCGAAUGUCUAUGCGCGGCUGUGCGCGCAUGCCUUCAUCUGGGCUGUUCGGCCACCGGCGUGCUGCUUAGCGACUAUGGCGAGGACUAUUUUGCGACAGGCACCCUCAAAGCAGACGCGCCGCUUUUUGACAGACGCGCAGGCUGGCUCCGUAGCGGUGCCGAGGGGAAGUCGUGCGAAUGUCGGACCAAGCAUUGCGGCCCUCUGUGUGGGGUAUAGCUAGUAGAGGGCCAAACGAGGACCCCUCCGCCCUUGUCUGCCCCAAUGCCGCGAGAUGUUGAAUCAGGUCGGAAGAGGGGCGGGGGAAUGGACCGGCCUGAAGGCCACAGAAAAUGCGAUGGGAAGGGCGAAAAAAGAACAGCAACAGGCGCCACGGGAAGGCCUCGACGGCCCGUCGGGAAGCCGCCGGCCCGUCCUCAGACACGGCGGGAUGCUCGAUUUUUUGCGGUUGGGAGGGGCCCCCAACCGGGGAAAAUGAAGCGCCCCGCCGUGUCUGAGUGCAAGCCGGCGGCUUCCUGGCGGGCCGCGAGGCCUUCCCGGCCGGUGCGCCUGUACGUAGCUGUAUGGCCUGCCAAAUAGCGGCCCCUUCCCCUUGUCCCUUUCCUUGAGCCUUUCCUUCGGGUUUUGGUAGAUUUUCGGCAAAUUUUUGGGAGCUUUCAGACACGCAGAGUGAUGCCGCGGCGCCGGUGCCGCCGGCGGACGGGGCAGGUGCGGCGGGUGGUAUACUUAACCGUGACAGGCUCUUUUCAACUACUAUCUAUCAUACAUAAAGUCGUAUUUGGACGAUACUUUGAGUGCGUAGCAAGAUCAACACCACAAGAUGAGCACACUGAUCACUGACAUCGAAAUGAAAUUGAUUUCCCCUCCUGCUCAUGUAGACAGCUACACGACCAUGAUCGACACCUAGAAAUAACUACACGACAAAAAAAAAACACAACUCCAGGUGACCGACCCACGGAGCAGCCCUUCAUUUCACUUCCCUUCGGCCUGAAUGAGACGAUGCAGAUCGGGCAGUUCCAAGUGAAAAAGCAGUACGUCUACCUGGCCGCCGGCACGCUGGGCGUCCUCUUCCUGAUCUUUUUCACGUGGUGCUGCUCAAGAUUGCGAUGUAUUUGCUAUUGCUGCAUGCAUAAAACAUAAUCUUUUGGUCAACGUAGCUUAUAAUUGUUAUUUUUCAUCGUAAACGAUAACAAAGCUGCAAUAGCAACCCUACUCCACCUAUUUGGUAUUCCUCGCACGCACAACUUCUACGACUACCAAUGCCGCAGUGCGCUCGUCUACGUCCUUGUAUAAAUUCCACGCGCAAAUAAACAUCAGCAAACGAAACUGCGGAAACCAUCAUCGCGAACGCGCCAGAGCAGAUGAAAUUUCCGUCUGGCGGGGGAAGUCCAGUGGACGACGCGUCGAGUGACGAUUUCAACACGGGACCUGCUGGUGGACCCUGAUGCAAGGCGGCUGAGUGAAGAUUCCGCGCGGGACCGACGUGCUUGUGGGAGUAUUAGAAGUCAUCUCGUAAUAAGGUAAAGGUUGCAAAAAAAAAAGUUUAUACGUUCGUUUCUUGUACAAUUUGUAGUUUUGUUGUAGUUUUGUAGCGUCUUGAUAGUGAUGAAGAUCGAUGUUGAUGCUUUGUAGCAAAGUAAAAGGUAGAAGUGCCCCUCCGUGUUUGCCUUGUAUGUUUGUACGAUCGCCUCCCAGUCGAUGCAAAAUUCAGAUUGUAGCAAGACCCUUGCUUGUACUAGUUGAGAAAGGAACCAAGUUUGCGAACGAAGGGAAAAUUGAUGAAGGAAGAGGAAUCCUCUCACUAAACACUCUAAAUACAAUUGUAGAAAUCGAAAAGAAGUAGAAAUCAGUCUCGAUGAUGCCCUCCAGUUCAUCGCACUUUUUCUUUU